UUGCUGUGCCCAGCCUUGCCCUGAAGCCCAGCUGAUGCUGGUAGUCCUUCAUCAGGCCAGGAGCCCUCUGGGCCUGUGACUGCCUGCUCACCUGCCUGGGAUGCUCCUCCCCAUUUGCCUUUCAGAAAGCUCUUCCAGGACCCCACGUGCGGGCUGGCCUUUCGUGGUACUUGGAAACACCCCAAAUAUAGCCCCUACCAUUUAGCGGUGUGUCUAUCCACCAGCUUCCCUCACUGAACUGCAAGCUCCCUGGGAACAGGACUGCCUACUUGAUUCAUCUUGGAAUUGUCAGUGCACCUUACAAAAUCGCCAGGCACCCGCGUGCUCUGCUUGUCGCGUGAGCUCGGUAGCGUCGAGGAUCCGAGGGCCGUUAGCGGCGGCAGGAUGGCGCCCUCUAUGCUGCCCUUGGCGCUGCUGCUUCUGGCCGGAGACUUGGCAGCCUCUUUGAACUCUCAAUUUGGUCAGCCUUCAGAAUAUAGAACACCAGACUGCAAUCAGUAUAAACUACCAGGAUGUCCCAGAGACUUUAAUCCUGUGUGUGGAAGCGACAUGUCCACUUAUCCCAAUGAGUGUACUCUGUGCAUGAAAAUCAGGGAAGAUGGUCAUGAUAUUAAAAUAAUCCACAGUGGACCAUGCUGAUGGAGCAGUUUACAGAAGAGAAACUGGAGAGACCACCUUGAACAGCACACUAGAUGAAUGUCAUUUUUCCUUUGUCUUUUUUCCUAUGUUUCUUUGCAUGAGAUUCAUUAACCCACAUUUUCUAAGAGGAGGUGUGAAAAAGAGCCAUGUGCUCUGAUAAUUAAA